CCCAUCCAAUAGAUACUAAUAAUACAUCAAAGUUUUCCUUUUCUUUUCUUUUCUUUUCAUUUCUACAACAAUAACUAUUUCACUCCCAUUUCACAAUUCCAAAAACCCCUCUCUUCUAAAAGAGUUUUGAGCUCUAAAACAACUGAUUAAACUAACUCAUUAUUAACUGAAAAUUGAAUCUCAUCUCAAACCCAUAUCGAUGCAAUCUGGGCCUGACCAAAUCCCACCAAACACGGCCCAGAUUCUUCCAUUUUAAUCAAACUCAAAUUUAUUAUUAUUAUUAUUAUUAAUUAACUAAUUAAUUAAUUAAAUUUUCAUUUCAUUUCUCUCUUUCUCUCUCUUUAGUCUUUACUUAUGUUCUUCUUUAGUUCUUCUUACAAACAAUUACCAAGAAAAACUGAAUCUUCAGUUAUAAAUUAGUUAGUUAUGUCUGAGAUGAGAAGGAGUAGUGGUGGUAUUAUUAGUGGGCCCAACAAAAUAGACAGCCCACCGGUUCCGAAAAGGUCCAAAACCAUUGCCGGUGAUGGGCCCAACCGGAGGCCCACUACAACUCAACCCUUCUCCGCCGCCAGAACCGAUCUGCGCGUGGUAACCACUCACCACAACGAUGAUCCACCUUCGAAUCGUGACUGGUUCUACCCUUCCUUCAUGGUUCCUCAAACAACGAAGCGCGUGGCUCACAAACUCCCUUCCUCCUCCGAUUCGCGACCUCCUCAUCGGAUCUCUGCUCCGUCGUGUAAGAAGAGUGAGAAGGUGAAACUCGUUCCUAAUCGUUCUUCUUCUACUGAGUCGACUCAGUCUAAGCCCUGGUGUAGUAGGAUCACCUGGAUUCGGAAGCUGAAGUUCUUGUUGCCUUUUGCUAUUAUCGUGAUAUUUGGAGUAUAUUCAGUUCAUCUCCAUGGAAGAGUUGAACAACUUAAGGCUGAGAAUGCUUCUCUACGUAGGAAUUGUAGUAAUAGAGAUAGUCAUAGUUAUGAAAGCACCAAGGAUAAUAUGCAGAGUGAAGAGAAUGAUGAAAUUGGUAUUUUGGAUUAUGGCAAUGCUGAAGAUAGAAGUGUUGCAUUGUAUUCUGUUCUAAUCACACUAGUAAUGCCAUUCUUGUUGUGCAAAUACCUUGAUUAUCUUCCUCAUAUAAUGAAUUUCUCGAAAAGGACUAAGAAAAACAAGGAAGAAGUUCCUUUGAAGAAGAGAAUUGCUUACACUGUUGAUGUUUGUUUCUCAGUCUAUCCUUAUGCCAAGCUGCUUGCUCUUCUAUUUGCAACUAUGUUCCUUAUUGGGUUUGGUGGAUUAGCAUUGUAUGCUGUUAAUACCAAUAGCUUUGCUGAAGCUCUUUGGCUUUCAUGGACUUUUGUAGCUGAUUCUGGAAAUCAUGCCGAUACUGAAGGCAUUGGACCGAGAAUUGUUUCAGUCUCGAUAAGUUCGGGAGGUAUGCUUAUAUUUGCGAUGAUGCUCGGGCUUGUUUCAGAUGCCAUAUCGGAGAAGGUGGAUUCCUUAAGGAAAGGGAAGAGUGAAGUCAUUGAAAGGAAUCAUAUACUCAUUCUUGGAUGGAGUGACAAACUGGGUUCACUUUUGAAACAACUAGCCAUAGCAAACAAGAGCAUUGGUGGUGGUGUAGUGGUUGUACUUGCUGAAAGAGACAAGGAAGAAAUGGAGAUGGAUAUAUCAAAGCUCGAAUUCGAUUUUAUGGGGACUUCUGUUAUAUGCAGAAGUGGUAGUCCUCUUAUACUGGCUGAUCUAAAAAAGGUUUCAGUUUCGAAAGCACGGGCUAUCAUUGUUCUGGCAUCAAAUGAAAAUGCUGAUCAGAGCGAUGCUCGUGCUUUGCGGGUUGUGCUCAGCCUUACAGGAGUGAAAGAAGGUUUAAGGGGCCAUGUUGUUGUGGAAUUGAGUGACCUUGACAACGAGCCUUUGGUGAAGCUCGUCGGGGGAGAACUCAUCGAAACAGUUGUUGCUCAUGAUGUGAUUGGACGCUUGAUGAUCCAAUGUGCUUUGCAACCCGGUCUUGCACAGAUAUGGGAGGACAUUUUGGGGUUUGAGAAUGCCGAGUUUUAUAUCAAAAGGUGGCCUCAACUCGACGGUCUUCGCUUUGAAGAUGUGUUACUUUCAUUUCCAGAGGCAGUUCCAUGUGGAGUUAAGGUUGCUUCUGAAGGUGGGAAGAUAAUUUUGAAUCCAGAUGAUAACUAUGUUCUUGGAGAGGGGGAUGAAAUCCUUGUUAUAGCCGAAGAUGACGAUACAUAUUCUCCAGGUUCCAUUCCUGAGGUAACUUUCUUCUUUUUAACCCCACUUGACAGUUAUGUCUGUUUAUUUCUAAUGAGUUUGUGUUAUUUUCAGGUUCGUAGGGGUUCUUGUCCAAAAAUUUUUGAUCCUCCGAAAUAUCCUGAGAAGAUAUUGUUUUGUGGUUGGCGUCGUGAUAUCGAUGAUAUGAUUAUGGUUCUUGAGGCAUUUUUGCCACCAGAAUCAGAACUUUGGAUGUUUAAUGAAGUUCCCGAGAAAGAUCGAGAGAGGAAGCUUACCGAUGGAGGGCUUGACAUUGCUGGAUUGGUGAACUUGAAACUUGUUCAUCGCGAGGGAAAUGCUGUGAUCAAACGGCAUUUAGAGAAUCUUCCUCUUGAAACUUUUGAUUCUAUUUUAAUUCUUGCAGAUGAGUCAUUAGAGGACUCUGUUGUGCAGUCUGAUUCGAGAUCUCUUGCCACUCUUCUCCUCAUUCGCGAUAUCCAGUCAAAGCGUCUUCCAAGCAAGGAUACAAAGUCAACAUCUUGGAGGUUUGCUGGGUUCUCACACAGCUCUUGGAUCCGCGAAAUGCAGCAAGCUUCACACAAAUCAAUAAUCAUUAGCGAAAUUUUGGACUCUAGGACUAGAAAUCUAGUAUCAGUGUCGAGAAUCAGCGAUUAUGUAUUGUCAAAUGAGCUCGUAAGUAUGGCGCUAGCAAUGGUUGCUGAAGACAAGCAAAUCAACCGAGUACUCGAGGAACUUUUCGCAGAGCAGGGAAACGAAAUGUGUAUAAAACCAGCAGAAUUCUACUUAUUCGAUCAAGAAGAACUUUGCUUUUACGAAAUCAUGAUUAGAGCGCGACAAAGGUGUGAAAUCGUUAUCGGUUAUCGCCUUGCUAACACAGAAUGUGCUAUAAUUAAUCCAUCAGAGAAAUCAAAACCAAGAAAAUGGUCCCAUGAUGAUGUUUUUGUUGUUAUAGCCUCAGAAGACUGAUGAUGAGGGUGUUCUAGAACUAAAACUAAUCUUAUGGUGUUUUUGACCCAAUUGACCAUUCUUUCACUUUCAUCUUAUUAUAGUUUCACCAACUAUAUAUAUAAAUAUAUAAAGUUAUAUAGCACAAGAUUUGUAGAUUGUUGUCUGAUGUGAUUAUUGUAACUCUAUUAAUUAAAAUAGGCUGAGAUUAGAGUUUAGUCAACUAGAAAGGACUAAACAUGUUGUAUCAAUAUUUAUACAAUUUAUUACAUGAAUAAUAUUUAUAUAUUGGAAAUUAAUUCCCUUAA